AUGACAAAGUUACCAGACCUUAAGUACUACUACCCAGAUGGUAUGAAAAUAGACAAACGAUUGGAGUUCCUUGCAUGGUAUGACAUUCACAAAAACGACGCGUUUGAUUUACAAUAUGAACUGCUAAAAUACUGCCGAUCAGAUGUGGACAUUCUAAGGAAAUUCUGUCUGAAGUUUCUUAAAUUGUUUCAGGGAAUUACGCAAAAGGAUGAAGUUCUCGGCAUAGAUCCGUUUGAAAAAUGUUUGACCAUUGCAUCGGCAUGUAAUUUGGUGUUCAGGCGAAAUUUUCUGGAGCACGAAAGUAUUGGCAUUAUUCCAACACACGGGUACAGACCUGAAGAGAAACAGUCUGUUUUAGCAUACAAAUGGUUGGCUUACCUUGCACACCAAAAAGAUAUGUACAUACAACAUGGACGAAAUGUCGGUGAAAAACAAAUAGGUCCUUACAAAGUUGACGGAUACUAUGAAACUGAAGAAGGAGAGAAAGUUGUUUUAGAAAUGAAUGCUUGCUUUUGGCACGGUUGCAACCGGUGCUUUAAAAGUAACACCGUCAAUUCCGUGAAUGAUAUGACAAUGGGUGAUCUGUAUGCCAGAACAAUGGAUAAACAACAGUAUAUAGAGUCCCUGGGAUAUACGUACGUGUCCAAGUGGGAAUGCGAUUUUAAAAAGGAAAUACAAGAUGUCCCAGGGUUGCAAGAAUUUAUUAAAUAUGUAAAUAUAGUGACCCCUUUGGAGCCACGAGAUGCGUUUUACGGUGGAAGAACAGAAGGAUUUAAAUUGUACGAAGAAGCGUCAAAGGACCAAGAAAUAAACUAUUAUGACGUUACAUCGUUGUAUCCAUAUGUUAACAAAACUGGGAAAAUACCUCUAGGGCAUCCCGAAAUUGUCACAGAAAAUUUCAAAGACAUAAAUAAAUACGAGGGUCUGAUCAAGUGUAAAAUUGUACCUCCACGAGGACUCUACCUGCCUGUUUUACCCAUGAAGUCGAAUGGAAAACUGCUCUUCAGCCUAUGCAGAUCAUGCGCAGACCAAUACCAGCAGUCGCCAUGUCAGCACACUGAUAAUGAAAGAGCUUUUCUUGGUACUUGGGUUACAGAUGAGGUGAAAAUGGCCCUGUCUCAAGGUUACAAAAUACUGAUUAUCUAUGAAGUUUGGCAUUUUGAUAAGAUAUCACAGUAUGACCAAAACUGCAAAUGCGGCGGUAUAUUCACUGAAUAUGUGAAUACAUUCCUAAAAGUAAAACAGGAGGCCAGUGGGUGGCCUGAAUGGUGCAAAACAGAAGAUGACAAGCAGUCAUAUAUUCAAAGGUUUUAUGACAAAGAAGGUAUACUCUUAGACUAUGAUAGGAUAUGCAAAAAUCCAGGCCUUCGAUCCUUGGCAAAGCUGAUGCUUAACUCCUUCUGGGGCAAGUUUGGCCAACGUUCAAACCUAGCACAGACGUCUUAUGUAACAGAUACAAAGGAGUUCUUUGACUUUAUGACCAGCGAUCAACAAGAAAUAAAGAACAUCCGUUUUGUAAAUGAAGAAACUGUGCAGUUAAACUGGGCUUACAAUGAAGAUUUUAUUGAGGCUUCUUCUCGGACUAACGUUGUCAUAGCUGCAUAUACAACAGCACAGGCGCGCCUGAAACUUUAUAGACACUAA